AAACUGAAACCUACACUAUACAUUUACUACUACGUACCAAGUAAAGUGCUGAUUCAUUCUCUGCUCCGAUAGCCGACAGCUGUUUGUUUUCCAGCGUUGGAACAAAUAUUCAGAUCCUUAACUUAAGUAGGUAACAAUAGCACACUGUUAAACGAUCAAAACAAUUCUGAUUUUUAAUUCACGACAGAUAACCAGUGAAGGAGAGAACAGUGACGGAGCAAAAGACGACAGCAGAUUGACAAUCACCUCUCAUGGCUGCAUUUCUGUUCCUGUUGUUCCAUCUGUCUGUAGCAGCAUCUGAUUUGAUCGUGGUAGUGCACACUGGAGAGGAUGCCAUUCUGCCAUGCAAGGCCGCUGACGUCCCCAUCAGAGCUGUAGAGUGGAGCAGACCUGACCUGGAGCCACCAGAGUACGUCCUGUUCUACAGAGAUGGACACAUGGACACAACCCACCAGCAUCCAUCCUAUAAGGGCAGAGUGCAGCUGGUGGACAGAGAUCUGAAGGAUGGAGACAUGUCUUUAAUUCUGAAGAAUGUGAGGAUACAGGACAGAGGAAUAUACGAGUGUAGAGUAGCAUCAGUUGGUUUCACACGUACAAAGAGAGCAAUCAUUAAUUCGGAGCCAAUCAGAACCAUCCAUCUGCAGGUUACAGGUUCAAACAGUGGACACUACAAGGAUGGAAACUCCACUCCUGUAGGCCUAUACAUUGGAUUGGGAGUAUUUUUUGCACUGCUUUUUUUAACGGGACAGUUAAUGGUGGACAGAUGGCUAUUUCAGUUAGAUUAGAUUAGAUUAGAUUAGAUUAGAUUAGAUCAGAUUCAACUUUAAUGUC